AUGGAACCAUAUUGGUACAAAAUGAAUACUGCUAAUUUUUCAAAUAAUCAUUCAGGAAGUAUGAUGGAUAUGAAACGAUACAUUUUUUUUGAUGAUGCUGAAUGUUCUAUAACAACAAAUAUCAACAAUGCCUCCAGUUCAUUUUAUGGUCAGAAUGUUGAAAUUCAAAAGUAUAAUGAAAAUAGAGACAAGAUGAAAACCUCAAAUAUGAACAAACCUGAAGCAUCAACCAUGAACGAAUCUAAUUAUUUGAAUAAUCAAGAUAAAGAUGAAUUGAUUAACCAGUUUAAUGUUGACCUUGAAGAACACAAUAAUGAAGAAAAACUAUAUUCACGAUCAAAUGAAAUGGAUAUCAAUAUGAAUAAAGACCAGACUGGAUCAGAAGAAACAAGUGACAGUUAUUCUGAUGAUGAAAUACCUGACGGCCAAGAUAUCGGUAUACAAGUUCCUCAGAAUGUUCAAAAUCCAAGUCAUGUCAAAGAAAAGGGAAGACCACCAAAGA